UUCAAUCUUUUUUUAAAAAAAUUGUCUAUUUCGCCCGUUUCUCGUUUCCUAAAUCCCCUUCUUAGUCAUUACACUUACAUGACUUUACUAGAUAGGCUCAAUUGGAUGAACUGAAGAAAGAAAAUCACGAAGAAACUGUGUUCAUGCGUUACUGCGGUAAAAAGAGCCCUGGACUGAUAACUAUAUCAAUACUUGCUUUUGGGUUCGACAAUCGAGCUGUCGGAUGUAAUGCACUUCAGAAUAGGAGCAGAAGUGUCAAUUUACUGAACUUGCCUAUCGAGGCUCACUGGGAACUUCCCCAAGUAGAAAAGAAAAAGUCGUUCUUGUCGAAGAUGAGCCUUAGGAUCAGUCAGAGGAACACAUUAUCUGAUAUUUCGCAAGUUGUGCAUGAUCCAAAAGAUGACGAGGCCGUGAAGUCCUUCAGAGAAUUGCUUCUCCUGACCGGCCAAUUGCCAGAGCAGCACGAUGAUUAUCAUACCCUCUUACGAUUUCUGCGGAUGAGAGCCUUUAAUACAGUGAAAGCAAAAGACAUGUUUGUAAAUAUGCUGAAAUGGCGUGAAGACUUUGGCGUCGACACAAUAACAAAGGAUUUUAAGUUCGAGGAGAUCGAAGCGGUCAAAAGAUGCUACCCGCACGGAUAUCAUGGAGUCGACAGAUAUGGCAGACCAUUAUACAUUGAAAGGAUAGGGUCAGUGGAUCUUACGAAACUGUUACAAGUAACUACCGUCGACCGUUACGUAAAGUAUCACGUACAGGAGCAAGAGAAAACAUUGAAUUUGAGAUACCCUGCAUGCUCGCUUGCGGCUGAGAGACGCAUAGCCUCCACAACGACAAUAGUCGAUGUGAAAGGAGUGGGCAUGAAUAACUUCUCGAAACCUGCUCGAGAGCUGUUCAUCGAAAUUCAAAAGAUCGACAGCAAUUACUAUCCAGAGACUCUCAAUCAACUGUACGUAAUCAACGCCGGCAGCGGGUUUAAAGCUCUGUGGAAAGUUCUACACGCUUUCUUGGAGGCACGGACACUGUCGAAGAUAAAGGUUCUGGGUUCUAAUUACCAAAGUACUCUUUUCGAAGCCGUAGAUCCGAGUAAUUUGCCGGAGUUUCUGGGCGGAACUUGCAAAUGUUCUGAAUAUGGAGGAUGCCUGCUGAAAGAUAAGGGGCCUUGGACUAACCCAGAUAUUAUUAGCAUUUUGCAGGAAUCUACUGAUAGACAACUCAGGCCCAGAAACAACAGAGCAGUCAGCAUGACAUUAAAAGAGACGGAGAUGCCUGAGAUUGAAGUUCAUGGUCCCCCAAAGAGUAUGCGAACAAAUUAUGCUAAGGAGGAUAUUUCGAAGAAGAUUUUAGAACUGGAAAGUUGGCUUGCAGACACCAAACAAGUGAGCGGGAAAUCGCUUUUACGUGUUGCACAAACUUGUAACAAAGCAGCAAGAACUUGCAGAUCACAUACAACAGUUAAAGCAACUAGCCUCAGAUUGAAUCACAGUUCUGAUGACAGCAAAUGGUGGACAUAUGAAGUAAGAAGUAAGCAUGCGAUGAAAUUCGAGGAAUAUCGUGUAUAUAUAUAUAUAUAUAUGCAAUUAUUGCCUUUUCUUUUAUUUUCCAUUUUUUAUUCCCUGGAUUUUUUUUUUUUAAAAAAAAAAUUUUAUGAAAAGAAGUUCCUUCUAAUAGAUAAUGGUCUACAAUUUUACAUUCUACAUGCAUUCCCUCUGAGCACUGGUCUUAAACAUGAAAUUUUCAGCAACAUGCCAGUUUGGUUAUGUAAAGUUAGUUUCUGUUGAAUGCAAAA